AGCUGACAGUUGACAAGUAAAUGAUAAUUAAAUAUUCCUUAUUUUUUUAAAAUCAUAUUUACAUUCUAUUUUAUAUUUGCUUUAUGCCCUUAUACAAACACAACUUAACGGGCCCACUGAUACCGAUAUGACUCAUUACUCGGCAAUUUAAUGUUGGCACGCGCCAAAAAAAGGCUUCUCGCCGCCAUAUUCAAAGUGUCCCUGGUGGCCCCCCAAAUGGCCCAAAUCAAAACUUUCGCCUUUCUCGACUUGGAAACGACCGGUUUACCGUGGGCGGAGGGUAACAAAACGAAAAUCACCGAAAUUACGGUGCUUACAGUCCAAAGUAGCCAUAUAGCUUUGGGGGUCAUGCCGAGGGUUCAGAAUAAAUUGACUUUAUGCGUUUAUCCUAGGAAAAUGGUGUCGCCAGAGAGUGAGAGGAUUACAGGCCUAUCAAAUGAUAUUCUGGAACACAUGGCUCCAUUUUCAAGUGAAACUGUACAGAUGAUCAAUGGUUUUCUCAAUCAUUGCCCAAAACCUAUUUGCUUUGUGGCACAUAACGGCAACAGGUUUGAUUAUCCAAUUUUGCAAAGGGAAUUACAUUUAACCGGGGCAAAACUGCUUGACGAUAUAUUAUGCAUAGAUUCCCUUGAGGCAUUUAGAGAACUUUACAAUAAGCCUAGUGCUCCUGUUGUGGUUCCACAGCAGGAACGAACCUUUGAGAGUACAGGUUCUGUAUUACCGAUAGAGUUUCAAGAUGGUUUCGAUGAAUUACUGUGCAAAGCAGUAGAUGACUUCGAGUCUGGUCCAGAAAAAAGACUGAAAUAUGCCUUGGAGGUGCAAAAGAUCAAUGAAACCACCCCCAAAAAGGUUAUAAAUAAUGUCAUUAGUAAUGGAAAUUUAAAAGUUUCUGGUCUGAGGAGCAACGAGCAUGGACAAAAAGUGAAAAAAUCACUUAAUUUUGGUGUAAGUUUUAAACUAGUUGAUGUUUAUAAAAGACUGACCAAUCAGGAACCAAUGGAGGCACAUCAUGCCGAAGGAGACGUUCUAAUGUUGGCCUUAUGUGCAGCCACAUUGGGAGACACUUUCAUCGAAUGGGCCAAUUGCAAUAAAAAGUAUUUUUGUGAUAUUCCAAAAAUGGAACCUGGAAAAAGAAUUGGAAUGUAGAAACAGAUUUUUUUUAUUUAUAUCUUGUUAGUUUUUGCUUUAUUUCAUCUAUAUUUUAUUAAAUGAAAUUUUAACGAC